AUGACCGAUACAGAAGAGGGCUCGCAGCCCGCGCCAACAGCUAGAAUCGAAAUAACCGUCAACGGCGCCGGCAACACUACUGAGAUCUGCGGAGGUGUCCAUACUAAUGGAACCACUGGCGAAGAAGAUCAGAUCCAGCAGAUCCCCAGCGUCAGUUCCUCGGUUGAUACAGGUGAGCAGAACGCGGUUAGAACUUACAUCCCUGAAGCAAAUCCUGACAUUCGAGUAGCGUAUGCAAGCGAAUUUGACUUCGGUGACGCUGGAAUUUACACCAAUGAACAUAUGGACUACAACUAUGGAGCAGAUUAG